AUGUCCACACCUGCUCGUAGAAGAUUGAUGAGAGAUCUAAAACGUAUCCAACAAGAUCCCCCAGAUGGUGUAUCUGCUUCACCUUUAACAGAUAACGUGAUGGUAUGGAAUGCAAUCAUCAUAGGACCUGCAGACACCCCUUUUGAAGAUGGUACUUUCCGUCUAAGUAUAAAUUUUGAUGAACAAUAUCCAAAUAAACCUCCACAAGUCAAAUUCAUUAGUCAAAUGUUUCACCCAAAUGUUUAUGCAAGUGGUGAAUUAUGUCUUGAUAUAUUACAAAACAGAUGGUCCCCAACAUUUGAUGUUGCUUCGAUCUUAACUUCUGUCCAAUCUUUAUUGAAUGAUCCAAAUAUUUCAUCUCCUGCUAAUGUGGAAGCUGCUAAUUUAUAUAAAGAUCAUUCUUCUCAAUAUGCCAAAAGAGUUAGAGAAACUGUUGAGAAAAGUUGGGCUGAUGAUUUAAUGGACAAUGAAGAUGAAGAGAUGGAUGAGGAAUAA